GCCCUUCGAGCAGAGCCACCUCCCAAAUUGCAUCUUGCACGACCGGUGAUACUUUCGACAACAGAGGGACCAGAGGGGCUUGAUCCACAACAUUCACAAUGCGAUCAAGCACAACCAGCAGAUUCCCAACAACCGUUCCGCAAGGAUUGGCAGAGGCGCGUGCGGUGCCACUUCGACCAGCCCGGCAAGAAGGUCACCCGCCGUCUGGCGCGCCGUGCGAAGGCUGCUGCCGUUGCCCCUCGCCCCGUCGACAAGCUCCGCCCCAUCGUCAGAUGCCCCACCAUCAAGUAUAACCGCCGGACACGCCUCGGCCGUGGUUUCUCCCUCGCUGAGCUCAAGGCCGCCGGUAUCCCCAAGCUUUAUGCUCCCACCAUCGGCAUUGCCGUCGACCCCCGCCGUGCCAACCUCUCCGAGGAGUCCCUUGCCGCCAAUGUCGAGCGCCUCAAGGCCUACAAGGCCCGCUUGAUCGUCUUCCCCCGCAAGUCCAACAAGGUCAAAAAGGCCGACACCCCCAAGGACCAGCAGUCCGGCGAGACCGUCAAGACCAUUGCCUCCGCUUUCGGUCUUGGUGCCCCUCUUGCUCCUGGCUUCACCGAGAUCUCCAAGAGCGACCUCCCCAAGAACGUCGAGGGCGGUGCCUACAAGGCCCUCCGCAAGGCCAGAUCCGAUGCCCGCCACCAGGGCAUCCGCGAGAAGCGCGCCAAGGACAAGGCCGACGAGGAGAAGGCCAAGAAAUAG